UGUUGUUGUUUCACCGGAGUUCGGACGUGCUUUUUUGUUGUUAAAUGCGGAUGUGCAACGUAUAUACAACACAGUUGCUCCCAAGUCCAGCCUAUUAAUCUACCUGACUGUUUUGUUGUUAAUUGUUGCUCAGUUCUUGUAUUACUUGUCUCUCACCUCCAUCUUUCAAUUGCGUCGUGUAAGAGUUGCCGAACAGAAAACAACGCUGCAAUUGUUGCUACUUAUUAAUUAAUACCCAUGUAAAUAAUAAAAACAACGCUCAAAUUCGCUAAAAGCUAAAAACGAAAACACACACAUAAGUGUAUAUAUAUCUUUAUAUAUAUUGAGUAGUUCCACCGCAGGAGUCGAAGACAGGGCUGUAACGCAGGAUAUAUUUAUUUUUGUUGUUGUUCACAUUGCACGUGAGUGUGAGGAGUGCGUGCGUGUGUUAAUCUGUGUGGUUGCCGCGUAUGUGAGUGAGAAAGAGUAGUUUCGCAAAAAAAAAAGAAACCUAAACGAAAAGAGAAAGAAAAAAUGGCUCCAUCUCUGAGCAAAUUGGCGCACAACCAAAGCGCCAUCGUCGGCGUGGCGGGGAUGACGGCAGCUUUAUGGAUAAUAGCCCAUGGCAAAAUGUCCAACAACAAGAGAAAAUCGAGCUAUGAGGACAAAAUUCAGUAUACCAUCUCGGAGAAGAAGGAUAAAAAGUCGAACAAGGCUCACGUGAAUGCAAUAUUCUUCAAACAGCUGCGACAGCUGCUGCCUAUACUCAUACCUAGAUUCUGGUGCAUUGAAACGGGUCUGCUGAUGGUAAUUGCGGGCGCCUUGAUCGGUCGAUCUGUCAGCGAUAUAUGGAUGAUACAGAAUGCAACAGUUGUCGAGAGCACCAUUAUACAUAUGAAUCGGGCCAAGUUUAAGUCAGCACUACUCAAAUAUCUGGCCGCAUUGCCAGCGAUCUCGGUGGUUACCAAUAUCCUCAAGUGGAGUCUCGGCGAGCUGAAGCUGCGUUUUCGCACAAACCUAACGCAUCAUCUGUACAAUCAGUACCUCAAUGGCUACACAUACUAUAAAAUGUCCAAUCUGGAUAAUCGGAUAGCGAACGCCGAUCAGCUGCUGACAACAGACAUUGAUAAGUUCUGUGAGAGCGCAACGGAUCUGUAUUCGAACAUCAGUAAACCGGUGCUGGACAUAUUCAUCUAUGUGUAUCGGUUAACUGUGAAUCUGGGUGGCAAAACGCCAUCCAUACUGAUGCUCUAUCUGCUGUUUGCUGGCAUAUUUCUGACACGACUCCGUCGUCCCACCGGUCGCCUGACCGUCGAGGAGCAGAAGCUGGAGGGCGAGUUCCGCUAUGUGAAUAGCAGGCUGAUCACCAACUCGGAGGAGGUCGCCUUCUAUCAGGGCAAUGUCCGCGAGAAGCUAACGCUGCUCGCCAGCUUCUCCAAGCUGCGCUCCCAUCUCCGCAAGUUCCUCGAGUUCCGCGUCAGCAUGGGCAUCAUCGACAACAUCAUUGGCAAAUACUUUGCAUCGAUUGUUGGCUUCUAUGCGGUGUCGAUACCCUUCUUCACGGAGAAUCAUCCGCUGUUGUCCGGCGAGAAGAGCGGACAGCGUCUGCAGGCCUAUUACACAUACGGACGGAUGCUGAUCAAGCUGGCGGAGGCCAUUGGUCGUCUGGUAUUGGCUGGCAGGGAGAUGUCACGCCUGGCCGGCUUUACGGCACGCAUGACGGAGUUGAUCAAGGUGCUGGGUGAUCUCAAUAAGGGCACCUACGAGCGCACCAUGGUCAAUGGGAAUAGCAUUGCGCAUAAUGGUGACGGGUCCGCUUCAACGCCAAAUACCUUUGGUCCCAACAAGGGCAUCAUGUGCUUCGAGGACAAUAUUAUACGGUUCGAGGCGGUGCCACUGGUCACGCCCAAUGGCGAUGUGCUGCUCCGGGAGCUGACCUUUGAAGUGAAAUCGGGCACCAAUGUUCUCGUCUGUGGUCCCAAUGGCUGUGGCAAAUCCUCACUGUUUCGCAUCCUGGGCGAACUGUGGCCCACCUGGGGUGGCAAGGUGACGAAACCAUCGCGUGGCAAACUCUUCUACAUUCCACAGCGUCCGUACAUGACGCUAGGCAGCCUUCGUGAUCAGAUUAUUUAUCCGCAUACACGCGACGAUAUGCGUCGCUUGGGCAAAUCGGAUGAGGAUCUCUUGCACUUCUUGGACAUUGUGCAGCUAACGUAUCUGGAGCAGCGGGAGAAUGGACUCGAUGCCAUCGAGGAUUGGAUCGAUGUGCUGUCCGGCGGCGAGAAGCAGCGCAUUGCGAUGGCCCGACUCUUCUAUCACAAGCCGCAGUUUGCGAUUCUCGAUGAGUGCACCAGUGCCGUAUCCGUUGAUGUUGAGGGCAAGAUGUACAGUUAUUGUCGGGAGGCGGGCAUUACGCUAUUUACCGUAUCGCAUCGCAAGUCGCUUUGGGUGCACCACGAUUACUAUUUACAGUUUGAUGGCCGUGGCAAAUAUGAAUUUGCCACCAUCGAUCAGGACAAGGAGCACUUUGGAUCGUAAAAACACACGAACAAACCCGAGCACAACGCACACAUACCGUUUCCCUACCUCCCAUCCCAUGCGUCCAUCUCAGUCUCCAUCUUCCCCUCAGCCAAUACACACACACACACGCUCACAAACACACACAAUAAGUGGAACUUUUGAUACCUUUACCCAAACAAAUGAAUAUAUUUAGUGUCAUAGCGCUUAGCUUUUAGUCAUUAGUUCCUAUCACUUUUGCUGUUGGUAUUCAUAAAAACUCAACAUGAACUUCCCCCAAACUGCUUUCACCUUUCCCUUUGUCUUCUACUCCUGCCCGAAUGUAUAUAUAUAUAAAUAUAUAUAUAUAUAUUGUGCUUGUUGUUGAAUAGCAUUCAUUCCUAUUUUUUGUUUUGUUUUGUAUGACUUUUGUAAUAUUUUCUUCUAUUUUAUAUCACUUCCUGAUUUGAUCUUUUUACGAGUUUUAUUUUUUUUUUGAGUCGCAGAGCUGGUGUUAGUUAAUUAAGCAAUAAUCAGUUUAAACUAUUUAGCAAACAUUUAGUAAAUUUACACACACACACACACACGAUUCCCCCUCGCCCAUGUACAUGCAAAGUUUUGUAAUUUGUAUUUAAUAUAUAUAUAUAUAUAUAUAAAAUAUAUAUUAUCUGU